CUUAACAGAAGUCAGUUGCCCACCCGGCAAGAUGAAGAUUGUAUUUGUAGAACCUGCCAUCUUCCUUAGUGCGUUUGCCAUGACCCUGACCACGCCACUGACAACACAGUACGUUUAUAGGAGAAUCUGGGAAGAAACCGGCAACUACAGUUUCUCAUCUGAUAGCAAUAUUUCUGAGUGUGAAAAAAACAAAAGCAGCCCAAUUUUUGCCUUCCAGGAGGAAGUUCAGAAAAAAGUGUCUCUCUUUGGUCUGCAGAUGGACAUCAGCGGGUUAAUUCCUGGUCUGGUGUCUACGUUCUUCCUUCUGUCUCACAGUGAUCACCACGGACGAAAACUCCCGAUGAUCUUCUCUUCUGCCGGCGCCCUGGCCACCAGCGUCUGGCUCUGUCUGCUUUGCUAUUUUGCCUUCCCAUUUCAGCUUUUGAUUGCAUCCACCUUCAUUGGUGCGUUCUGUGGCAAUUACACCAUGUUCUGGGGAGCCUGCUUUGCCUAUAUAGUUGACCAGUGCAGAGACCACAAACAGAAAACGAUUCGAAUCGCCAUCGUUGACUUUCUACUCGGACUUGUUACUGGGCUCACAGGACUGAUAUCUGGCUAUUUUAUCAGAGAACUAGGCUUUGUGUGGUCAUUUUUUAUCAUCGCCAUGGCUCUCACUGUUAAUUUGAUCUAUAUUUUAUUUUUUCUCGAAGAUCCCAUGAAAGAGUCUUCAUCUCAGAAUGUCACUGUGUCAUGCAGUGAAGCCUUUAAAAAUCUAUUUUACCAGACUUACAUGCUUUUUAAAAAUGCUUCUGGGAGACAGCGGUCUUUGCUCUGUCUACUACUUUUUACAAUGAUCACGUAUUUUUUCUUGGUAGUUGGGGUUGCCCCCAUUUUUAUCCUUUAUGAACUGGAUUCACCUCUCUGCUGGAGUGAAGUUUUUAUCGGCUAUGGAUCAGCCUUAGGGAGUGCCUCUUUUUUUACCAGUUUCCUGGGCAUAUGGCUUUUUUCUUAUUGUAUGGAAGAUAUUCACAUGGCCUUCAUUGGGAUUUUUACCACCAUGGUAGGAAUGGCUGUGAUUGCUUUUGCCAGGACAACACUGAUGAUGUUUUUAGCCAGGGUGCCGUUCCUGUUCACCAUCAUGCCACUGUCUGUUCUGCGGUCCAUGUUGUCAAAAGCGGUUCGUUCUACUGAGCAAGGUACUCUGUGCGCAUGCAUUGCUGUCCUAGAAACACUUGGGGGAGUCAUUGCAGUGUCUACUUUCAAUGGAAUCUACUCAGCCACUGUCGCCUGGUACCCUGGCUUCACCUUCCUGCUGUCUGCUGGUCUAUUACUAAUUCCAAUGAUCAGUCUGUGUGUUGUCAAGUGUACCAGCUGGAAUGAGGGCAGCUAUGGCCUUCUCAUCCAGGAAGAACCCGUUGAAGAGGCUUCAGACAGAUGAUUAAAGAACCCUAAAUGCGCACAGCACACUGUGAUCUCUGAAGACUGUAAAUCAGCCCCACCACCAGCACGUUAUUCAUAAUCAAUGUUACACACCCCAUCUUCCAAACUGAACAGUCAGAGACAAAACUCCUGGCUUCCGCCUCCAAAGGCACCAUGCACUUUGAGGACUGUGAAUAUCACGAGCUAUGUGUCCAGAACCAAUCUCAAUGCUUCUCACUUUUGGACUUAGGAAAAAAACUAAAACCGAGGAAUGUAAGGAGAGAUUAAGAAACUUGAUAAAGUCAAAAGAAAUCAUCUCUCUGAUAUGCUCCCAUUCCCUGCUGAGACCAAGGAGAACGCUUUACCUCAGUUCAUCUGCAAAAUGGGCUUCCGACCACUCUCAGGGACUUUUUUGAAGGCAUAAUAAAAAUAAAUCACUUGCUAAUUGGAAAA